CAAACCCAUCUUUCCAGACGCCGCCUUCCACACAUGGCCCGCACAUGGCCUCCCCACGUGGUCAUGUGGCCCGAUGCUCUUGCGCGCGCCGGUGCGCCGCGCCCCCAACGCGUCGCCGCCCUCGAUCGGCGAUGCCCGUCGCUGAUGGACGGCGGCCGAUGCUGCUGGUAGGGAUGACCUCGUUGCCCUCCAGGCUUCGAGGAGCCUGUGCCGCGUUGAAGUCCAUCGCAGCACAGACCAAGAUUCCGGAUCGCUUGAUCCUGUCGUUGCCACGUUGCUCGAUCCGCGAGGGCCGAGCCUACGAGAUUCCCCGAGAGCUCCAGGAGUUGACGUCAGAACACCCAUGGAUGCAGGUGCACUGGUUGGAGGAAGAUUUUGGUCCAGGGACCAAACUCUUGGGAGUGAUUGAUUGGUUUCAGAAGUAUUUGGGGGACCCAGUGAAUGGCGACAUGCUGAUGCUGCUGGAUGACGACCAUGCUUAUUUGCCUCAUGCCAUCGACGAUCUCUGGCACAAGCAGAGCUCUUUGGGCACUGAAUACGUGAGCUCCUAUUUCGCGUACUUCUUCCGUGGAGUCAUGGUGCCCCAGGGCGCGGACAUCGUGGCGGUGCAGCCGAAGGAUCGUCUCUGGAUGGCGCAGCUGCAAAGCUUCCAUCGUCACUUCGUGGCGGAGCAUCCAGCGGCCUUUUUGGUGGAUGACCUGUGGGCGGCCAUCUUCUAUUUUGCCACGGGGAAGGAGGUGCGCUCCUUCCGCGACUCGGUGCUCCGCCGUGGCGUGGAGACCAUCUACACCAAGACCUCCAACGCCUCGGUGGAGGCCCUCAUGGACUUGGAGGGCGCCGCCCGGCGCGAUCGAGCCAUGUUGGCCUGCUUCGACCAUCUACUUCAAAGGCUCCUGGCAGUGCCACCUGGGAGCCCGAGCCUCGAGUGCAUCGGUGGCGCCCCUUCAGCGCUCCGCCUGCGGCGCCUCGCCGCUGAGGUGGCGCUGGCCGAGCGGCGCAUGGCCGAGCUCCACGCGGAGAGCGCGAGUGCGGAGCGGGCGCCGCGUGCCGCGGCGGAGCUGGCGAAGUUGAGGACCAGCGCGACCGCUUCCGACCUCCGAUGGCUCGGCAGGUCUCGGAGCCGCGGCACAGCCUUCAGAUGGAACGCGAGGUGCCACGGGAGCUGCCCUCAGAAGUGUCGGGCCCCUCCUACCAGGAGUUGCUGGCAGAGAACAGGCGCUUGCGGGACGAGAUGUCGGAGCUACGAUUGGAGCUGGAGAAGUGUGGGAGCGACCGUCGUUGGGAGACUGGGAGCUGGAGUGUGCGACAGGUGGGAGACGGCCCAGACAAGUGGCAAAAGGAACAUGUGUAUGGAACCACCCAGACUGGACUGGACUGGCUGGCUAGGAGGUCCCAGUUACACAUUUAUCCCUUUCUUGUGGCACUGAACUUUGAUUGCAGGUUUGGUUCCUUUUACCACGGGUACGGGUACGCAUCAAGGGCAGCAUCGCUACUUGGAGAAGGUCAUUUGUCCAAGAGGCUAUUGAGGCAACCCAUGGCAACCCUGAAACAAAUACAACGUGAAUAAUUGCAUUUACCAUUACCAUUCAUGAAUCAACGCUGGACACUAUAUAUCUUGGAGUUCUGGGAGAACUGGGGGCAGAUGAAGAACAAGACCGUAAAGCCCAGCCUCGUCAAUACAUCAUGCUGGAUGCACUAGAUCGACCCGAAUCGAUGGUUUCUCUUCAAUCCAGUGGUCUUCCAGUCUUUCAUCCUGCGUCCCUUUUCAAGGAAUUCUCUGUGCUCUGCUGGUGAGCUCGCGCCGGUUUUCUGCAGUUUCUCAGACAUCAGCGCCGACCAGCAUGUGGCACAUAGACCGACCAG